UCUUGCCUAGCGAGCAGCACGAGCACAGCAGCAUCAGCAUCAGCAGAUCGCAGCUCACACACACAUACAUAGUCAUACAUACACACACAUACGCAAGCCGGUGCUCGUCUCUCUGUCUCCGUGUCCCUGUCUUUCUUUUCACCGAGCCAUGAAACAGAUGCUGUUCGACCUGAUGAGGAUGAGCAGGAUUUGCCGGAUGGUCCUCGCCACAUGUUUGGGAUCUUUUAUCCUGGUCAUCUUUUAUUUCCAAAGUAUGUUCCAGCCAGUAAUGAGACGCAACCCGUUUGCAGCAGAGGGCUGCUGUAGGAGAGGCUCGAGAAAUGCACUGCAGGAGCUUUAUAACCCCACACAGACGGAGUUCUCAAAAGCAGCGCUUCUCCAUCAGGCUCGGCGGGACCAGGUGGCCCAGACAUGUCGUGCCCACAGCGCCUCCAGCCGCAAGAGGCACGUACUGACCCCCGGCGACCUAAAACACUUAGUAGUGGAUGAAGAACAUGAGAUGAUCUACUGCUACGUGCCCAAGGUGGCGUGCACCAACUGGAAGCGUGUGAUGAUGGUCCUGAGCGGGCACGGCAAGUACAACGAUCCCAUGGACAUCCUUCCUAGCGAGGCACACGUGGCUGCCAACCUGAAGACGCUCAACCAGUACAGCAUCGCUGACAUCAACCACCGCUUAAAGAACUACUUCAAGUUCUUGUUUGUGCGGGAGCCCUUUGAGCGCCUAGUGUCGGCAUACCGUAACAAGUUCACACUGCGCUACAACACGUCCUUCCACAAGCGCUACGGAACCCGUAUCGUCAGGCGGUACCGCAAGAACGCUACAGCCGAAGCGCUUCAGAGUGGCAGCGAUGUCAAGUUUACAGAGUUCGCAGAGUACCUUGCAGAUCCAGCCACGCAACGCGAGGCACCGCUGAACGAGCACUGGCAAACUGUGUACACGCUGUGCCACCCCUGCCACAUCCACUACGACCUGGUGGGCAAGUACGAGACACUGGAGGAGGAUGCUGACUACGUGCUAAAGCUGGCUGGCGUGUCCGACUCGCUUCGUUUUCCACCCUAUGCCAAGUCUACCCGCACCACCGACCAGAUGGCGGCCAUGUUUUUCAACAACAUCAGCGCGCAGCAACAGAGCCAGCUUUAUCAGCUUUACAAGAUGGACUUCCUGAUGUUUAACUACUCCACUCCAAGUUACCUGAAAGAUCAGUAGGAAGGGUUGUGGUACAACGCACGCACAUUUGUAAACGCACACCUGCGCGAACACAUACUCAAAGCUGAGCUUAACUUAAUCAGAACAUUGACGUGAAGAGAAACGGUCAAUGAGGUGCUUGAUGAAUUGGCACCAGUGAAAGCAGAGCAAAUAAAAACUCUGAACUUUUUCUGAUACUUUUGGAAAUGUGUAAUCCACGGGUGGUCAGUCUGCUGUAUCGUGAAGAGGUAUGGUGAUAAAUACAGGGAGAUUUGUACUGUAUUUGGUCCUGGUUUCAUGUUCGAUGAGUAUUCAGGUAAACCUGGCAUCUCUGUGUUAAUACACCCGUCCAUCAGAUUGUAAGAUAAAGAUCAUGUAACUGUUUCUAUUCCCUGCCAUCAUUAAGCAAUAUGACUCUGGGCCACAGGCUCAUUUACUGUAACAAGUAAAGAUCUCACCCGCCUACCUUCAAUUACAAACACUUGAUGAGCGAAAGACUCUUGUGGACUUCUAUGCUGAUACUGAAACCUCAGUUGACUUCUAUUACACCAUGAAUACAGAAGUAAAGUUGUGGGCUGUACUUAAGCAAGCUCAUUAUAGUGUUAUUUAUAUUUGUCCCCUUAACUACAGCCUUCUCCUGUGUGAAGACUGUGUGUGUGCGUGCGUGUGUACAGUAAUUAUAUGACGCAUAUGUAAAGGAGGACCUUUGUGUUCACCCAGGAUGAUGUGAAAACCGCAUGGAGAGGUGCCUUUGUGAUGUGGGUGUAUCCUGCUGGUCUUACCAGUCAGUAGCUGUCCUGCAUUUAAAAGUCAGAGGUCGGCAAGAGGUCGUUAUUCAUUAAGGGGCAGUCCCGAGAACUAUCAGCCAUCUUAAAAGCGUUAAGGGAAUAUUUCUUGUUUUUGCUUUGUUUUUAUUGACUUAUGAAAGGUAGCUGCAAGCAGCUGAACAAACCAUUAUUUAAAAUACAUUGUAAAAAGAAACAAAAGAAAGCACGAUUUAAUUUUAUGAUGGAUUUGUAAAUGGCAGUAUUGAUUUUUUUUUUUUUUACUUUUUUUUUUCAUGUGUAUUCAAUGCUACAAUAUUGCUCAGCUCUUGAGUGAAUCAUGUUUUUUUCAAGGACUCUGCUUUCUGAGCUGUUCUCAUAGGAACGAUUUAUUCAGACAGACUUUGAGUCGAGAGAGAGAGAGAGAGAGAGAGAGAGAGAGAGAGAAAGAGCAAAGGAGAUGGGAUGGGAGAAAGUGCAAGACAGGAUCUGUUUCCUGCAUUAAACCCCCUGUUUGUUCCAUUGUAAUGUCUUUAUCCCAAUUUGAGCUCUUCAAAGGAACACAUGCUUUCAUUUGUAUAAGUGUCUUUUUAUGGCCCUGUUUUGUUAUGACUGUGAAUUAGAAGAAAUGAAAUUGACUAUUUAUGUGUCUGACAGCCACAGGCGUGUGUGUCUGUCUUCACUGAUAUUGUCUACACGACUGUACAAAAAUCCUACACUGGUAAAGGUGACUCAGUCUAACACCAGCUUUCUCUUUCAUCCGGGUGGCCGGACGGAUUAGCGUGCCUGGAUAAAUAAACGCCUGCUAGCUUUUCUUUUUCUUCUUUUUUUUUAAGAGAUUGAGCCCCUGUGGAGUAGGGUCUUAAUAGGACACGCACACACACACACACACACACACACACACACACACAACAACAACAACAAAUUAGUGAUGAAGUGAGCAAAAUGUGGCAAAGAAGGAGAAAAAUACAAGCUGUGUGUUCUGCCUUGCUCUUCACUUUUCUCUCUCUCUCUCAAAUUUCACAGGUAUCAAUUUACAGAAGGGUUACCUUAACUAAAAUUAUUAUAAUUUAUAAUUAUUAAUAUUUAAAAAAAACUACCUUAUUAUCUCCAGGACAUAUUCAGCACCUACAGUCCUCACUAUUUAGUAACAACAAGAAUUUUCUAUAUAAGAAAUAAAACACAUAGGGUUGUGCUCAUGUAGGAAAAUAAUCAUCAUUAGGGCUGUGUGAUGCAGCCUGAUGUCUUCUCUUAUACACACAGCAAUUUGCCAAUGCUUACAAUUUUUAGCCAUUAAAUAUCUGUGAGAAAAGUAGUUCUCGUGUUAUAGCAGCUAUAAACAUCGUCGUUGUCAUUUUUUCCCCUCUGUCAUGAUGUUAACAAAACCACACAUACAGCUUCUAAUGUUCCUGAGAGACCAUAAACUCCUCCAUCCUGAAAACUUUCCUGUCUCUGAAAACAUGAAGCUGCAGUUUUAACCUAAAAACGUCCAAUAAACCUCGCAAACCGGAAAUACUGUCAGAGCUGCUGUUACAGAAAACCUUCUGACUAAACCGAACAGCUCUGUGGUAUAAAUGUUUUGUUUCUAAAUAAAUGCCCCAUAAGUAAUGUUAAGUAAUUAAGCAAAUGAUAAAAUAUAAAUAACAGAUAACAUGGCUAACCGAUAUUCCACAAGAGCUACAAAUAAAAACACCAGUGUGAGCUAAUGGCUUGAAUAAAAUGUUUGUAGUGGAUAAUGAGGAAAAAUUCAUAAUUGAGGCUGAGUGCUGGGUGUCAUGGAGUCCAGGAUUCGGCUGAUUAUGAACCUAACUAGAUUACUGUCCUAUUGACCAAUGGCAGAAUUAAUGGUCAAAUAUUCAGCACAGAACAAACACGUAACAAUUCAAACUGAAACAAUGAUUAAUGAGUGAAAAUUAGUCCAGAAAAUGCAAUAUGAAGUGAAGCUUUAAUUUGUGUUUGUGGUGGUUAAUUGGCAAAAUUCUAAAAAAUAAAAUAUUUAAUAAAUAAAUAAAUAAAUUUUUAAAAAGGUGGCCAAAUUAACAAAAAAAUGUAAUAAAUAUACACAGGUGCAAAUAUUUACAUCUAGACACCCAAGCUGAUUCAACUCUCAACAUUUAAUCCGAUGCUCUGACUUACUUGAUCCUCAUUUAUGUGAUUUUUUAAGUAAUGUACAGAAUCCUUGGAAACAUUUCUGCUCUCUGUUUAUUUCACAUAAAAACAUGAAUGAAUACAUGUGUUAACUUUUCCUUUGUUAUUUUUUAAGCAUUGCUUUUGUUUUAUUAAUGCGAAGGUUUUUUCAGUGUCAACUAAAGCAGUGAAUAAUGUUAGUUAAGGGAACCUUCAUGUAAAGUGUCACUGUUCACUGUUGAGCAAUAAAAUAAGACCAAGCAUUGAGACAGAAAUCUGAGAAAGGAACAAAGUCUGUGCACUUCUCUAGGUGCUUUUGUGCUUUUUAAAUGCCUUUAUUUUCUUUGUUCAGUCAGUAUCCUUAUUUCUGCACGCGCAAACACACACACACGUGUAGUACUUAUCUAUUAUCUCAACCUCAGUAACCAAAAGGAAACUAAAAAAAAAUAAAAGGACAUUCAUAUAAAACCAUGUACACACACACACACACACACACACACAAAACACAAGCAACACAUUAGGUGCACUGCCUUGUAGCCUCUUACGAACAUUGUCCUGUCACUCACUCACUCACUCACUCUCUCUCUCUCUCUCUCUCUCUCUCUCCCUCUCUCACACACACACACACACACACACACACACACACACACACACACAGGCAGUGAAUUCAUGCAAGUAAAUUCAUACAUGCUUUUCUGGGAACUGGGCUAAGCAGAAUGUACUGAUCUACAAUCAGCUCUUAUAAGUAAUGACUGUAAUUAUAUGAACCACUGAUUGGAGAUCAGCGCUGUAAAGCUUAGACGCUACGUCUGAUUUUCUUUUUUUGGCUCAAAACUAUGACUGGAUGCAGUGCUCUUGUGCUAUUGGAUGCCUUUCAGCAUUAUAUUCACGUAGCCUUCUGUGUGUGUGUGUGUGUGUCUGCACAUUUUCACACUGGCUACUCUGCCUCAGCCGAGCUCGAUUAUCCAACAUUCUCAAACCAGCUACUAUCUUAUUUAUUUAUUUUGUUCCUUGGUUUCAUGUAAACGCUAAAGACUCUGACUCUUCUCACCAAAAAGGAGCAUAUUUAAAAAUGUAUAAGACUCUCUGGGGAGUUUGACUCCUGCACAUCUCUCUCUCUCUCUCUCUCUCUCUCUGUGCUGUUUUCUCAAUAAAGCUAAAAACAAAAGAAA